GCUCUUUCUCUUGUCAUCUUCUUUGAAUGGCCUGACAAUGACAAAAACCAUGGUUUAUAUAUCCUUGUUUUCUAAGCCUUGCUUUUGCACCAUCCUUUUUCUUCCUCCAUUAGUUUCCAAACGCGGCGAUUUACUUUUGUGAGGUUUGUUGAUUUUAUAUCUUCAGGGGGGCAUCUGAGAGUGACAGAUUUGAUUCUCUCCCUAUUCACUGCUUCUUAUAAAACUCAUCCUCCUCAAAGAGUACUGUGGGCUUCCAAGAAAAGGAAAUAAACCUCAAAAAUUAAAGAGGUCAGAGAUGGGGAGGGUGAAGCUUCAAAUCAAGAAAAUUGAGAACACAACGAAUAGGCAGGUCACCUUCUCAAAAAGGAGAAAUGGGCUUAUCAAGAAAGCUUAUGAACUUUCUGUUCUCUGUGAUGUUGAUGUGGCUCUCAUCAUGUUUUCCCCAUCUGGAAGAGUCAGUCUCUUCUCUGGAAAUAAGAGCAUCGAAGAGAUCAUGACUCGGUAUGUAAAUCUUCCUGAACAUGAACGAGGCCGGCUGCAUAAUCAAGAGUUCCUACAAAGGGCUCUUGGUAAGUUGAAAAGUGAAGCUAAUCGAACCUAUCAAGCUGCAGCCAGCCCGAUGAGUACAGAUUCCCAACUCGAGGAGAUUCAACAAGAGAUCCUCAAAUAUAAGUCCCAGUUGGAUGAUAUGCAGAAACGACUAAGGAUAUUUGAAGGUGAUCCUUCUGAGAUCACCACAGUGAGAGAGGUUGAGUACCGGGAGCAGAUCCUUGAGGAAACCUUGAAACAGGUUCGGUUUCAGAAGCAAGCUUUGGAGGAAAAGUAUAAUACUACAGAGCCGCAGCCAACUACCCAAGUGCAUCUGCCUCCGGAGACUGCAAAUGUAAAUGGUUUUAUCUCAGGAAAUCCAAACAAUAUGUUGGAUUGGCUCCCACCAAGAGACCCACAAGUGCAGAUCCUGAAUUUUUUGGAUUCCAACGGUCUCCUCCCAAUGAGAGAGCAACCACAGCGCAUGGUUGAAAUCUUACCGCCAUCUUCAACCCUCCUUCCAGGACAAAACAUUCAUCUUGAGGAUCACAUGAGCCCGAGCAGCGGGAUGGAGGAAGAUAAUAAUGUGCAGCGUCCUCAGUUUGGCCCAGCUAUCGAUGUAAACCUUUCUCCGUGGGCUGAAUUUUAUCCGACAGCAGGGAAUGGCUCCUAUCCUGCAGCACAGCCCCGGGGACCGGCACUACUUGAACUGUUUCUGUCUCAGUUCACACCAUGAAUCAUCAACAUAUCCAUCCAUGGUACACAGAUAUCACGUGUGAUGUUUAUACUUUGUUUUUGCCUUUACUGGCGGUGGUAUUGUUAUGUCUCUAUCUAUACCUUGUUGAGUGUUUAGAAAUAGUAAGGUAACUUAAAUGAUUGUUUUUUUACCCUCCUAUAAUCUUAUAAGAAAUUUAUUUAAUAUUACUAGUA